UAACAAUGACCGAUUUGAAAAAGAAGAGUUUGAAAGUGGCGGAAACCACGGUUUUGGAACGGCUCCAAUGGAUUUGUAACACGGUUUUUCACCAGUUGGUCGCAGUGGCCGGGACUUUUAUUUUGUGGACUCUGUGCUACAACUUCCAAAAUAAACUAUCAACAUGGCACAUGAUUCUAACAACGAUUGCUUAUCUUCCUGUGAUGGCCGAAGCCAUCGUUCUCUUCGCCAGCGACAACGUCUGGACCUUAAACAUCCAAAGAACCACGAAGUACUACAUCCACGGUUGUCUCCUCUUCUGUAGCGCCGUUUUGGCAACCGUUGGUAUCGCAUUUAUGAUAAAUGUCCACUCGAACCCUCACUUUCACUCAACCCACGCUUGGACAGGUUUGGUGUCGUGGAUUUUGGUCCUGUUGUCACAAUUCCUCGGCAUCGCCUCGGCCAAAUCCCAGGAUUUGAAGAACAUUCUCCGGCCCGUUUGGUUCAAAUUUCUGCACAACUUGUUCGGAAUGUUGGGCUAUAUUUUCGGUCUGGUCAGUUUGUGUUACGGGUUAGACAAACACUCGAUUAAAAAUGCAACAAGUGAGGAGUCAAGACUUGCCACUGUUGUCAUGAUUGGGGUCAUUGGGGCGUGGAGCAUUAUUGCGGCCCUUAAGUCAGGAAUUGGGCAACUAAGGGCCAUUUUUUCGUAAUUUGGGAGAUUGUGAUCUGUUAAAUAAAUUAUUUUUUGUA